AUGAAUAUGCGGACCAUCAGUUUGCUGGCCUUCUUCCCCCAGCAGAGAUGGAUCUUUAUCGUGUCUGGAGAUCUCAGUAAUCGAAAAUCGCAGGGUCUGAAGAACAUGGUCGUGCACAGCUGGCUGCCUGUCCGUCGAAGUGGGACGAAAACAUCGGCUCUUGAUAUCUCCGGCUACGAGACAAGUGAUACCCAGUAA